AUGAACGAGGCAAUUCGCUGGCAGCUGAUCAACGCAACUCUUAACGGUGACGGUCAACGCCUGCGUUCUCUCCUCUCCAAGCGAAUUCGUAUCGACCUCGGUCAGUCAUGCCAACUUUUUCACUUGGCAGCAGCGUGCGGUAGCACAGAUAAUCUCAAAGCCCUCCUCGCAUUUAUGCCCUCAAUUAACAUGAAUAGCAGAGAUGAAGUCGGUUGCACAGCCCUCCACAAGGCGGCUUCGGCCGGACAUCGGGAGGCAAUCCACUUUCUUAUCUACCACGGUGCUCAAAUCGAUGUGCAAGAAUAUCUUUAUGGGAACUCCCCCCUGCAUGAAGUGGCAUCCAAGGGAUUUUCUCGCUCUGUGGAGGCAUUGUGCAUCUCUAGAGCACCUCCCAAUCUUCAAAAUAAGCUGGGCUUAACUCCGCUUCAUGUAGCUGCACAAAAUGGUCACAAGCAGAGUAUUCGCGUUUUGCUCUUCUCCGGAGCGGAUCUCGGAGUAACGGAUAAAUUUGGAAACACCUGUCUUCACACAGCGGUUCGCUAUAGUCGCACUGGGGUGGUGAAGAUCCUUUUGGCUGCCUCUGCAAAUGUCACGGCAACUAACCAAAAUUUGGAGACACCUCUCCACAUCGCAGCGUCGCUGAAACGCACCAAAAUUGCUCGAUGUCUCCUCGCAGCCAACUCUGGCCGCGAGCCAAUCUCGAUCACGAGUACGCUGACUCGUAUGAGCGGUGGGGGCCUGCAAAAGCGAACACCGUCCCUCCUCCCCCUGUCGUCGCAGUCGCCGCCGUCAGCAGCGCAGGCUGCGCUGUGGAUGCGCAAUGCGCAGGGUGAGACGCCUCUUGAGGUAGCCAAACGACGGGUAAGAGGCAGCAGUGGCGGUGGCAGUAGCGAUAUGAUUGCACUCCUCCUCGAUCGGAUGAAUAUGACGGCGUGCUCUUCGCACUACGAGAAUGGCACCACUAAACCAUUCUCUCGUCCUCCCCCUGGUGGAGAUGGUGGAGUCGGAAAAAGCGAGCAUGACACGCCGUUGGCUACGCCCUACAUGUCCACUGAUGUUAUCUACACUCCGGUGCAGAAAAAGGCAGUAUUCAGAUUUGCAUUUAUGAAUCGUAAAUUGCCGAAGAAUCCAACUACUGUUGAACCGAAUUGCAGUACAUUCUUGAACAGACAAAUCCAUCAGGAAUUCAAACCUUCCAACGUGGAUCAAACAGGUGAUACCUGCGUCUACGACGGCCGAGAAGAGAUCCUCCGGACAUCAGUCACACCCACGCUGCACCAACCACAAAUCAGCGAAAUUGGAAAAGUACCAACAUCCUGUAUGAACGACACCGCAGCGCAGAACCCCGCAUACCUUUCCAGUGGCCUCAAAACGAAAUCCCGACCUUUUAGACGUCCUCUCUUAAGAGGCCUCUUCAAAAUGGAACAUGAUAAAAUCGGCCUACCUGUAUUGACAGGUGUGAUGAAAAAGUCGGAAAGCAGUCAGCUGCCCGCCUCGGGAGUUCCCAAGUUUGCUGUAAAUAACGAAACACCUCUUCUGAAAAUGUCUACUUCGAUAUCUGUUUCGGGAGCGCUUAAUGAGUCACAUUCUUCAUCAUUCACGGGAGGAAGUGUUUUGCAGGACGUAAGCCUGUUAACAGACGAUCCGCUGCAAGACAGCCUUCUCCUGGGUCGCUUUCAGCAGCUGCCUCUCCCACAGAACAGCGAAAGUACGUCAGCGGGAGUCAGUGGUGUUCACUUGCCUGAGGAUGCCACGACAACCAACAACUCCGGUGAUCACGAUCCCAUCCCUUCCCAUUCGGCACCUGCUCCCCGUUCUAACCCCGAUGCCUGCGUCCCGUUGUCUGGUUUUGUCAACGGAAAUAGUGGAGGAGGUGGCAAUGUUGGUGUCGGAGGGAGCGGCGAACGCACUCGGCCACGACUUGGAGUACGCUUCGACCUCGAUGCGGGUGGCGAUGUACACACCGCUCCUGCACCUGUCGCCCAUGGCCGGCAACUGUCAAUGCAGCUAUAUCGAGAUUUGGCUGGUAAUCUUAAGAAGGGCCCUGCAGGUUCCUCUUCUGGAUGCAAUUGUAUUCAGCGCCAGGCGGAUUACUUUGCUGGCAAAGUGCCGGAUUUUGUUCCCUGUGCCUCCCACAGCUAUCUCGAAUUUCAUGCUUCCACAACGGACCCACGCAACUCCAAUCUGCCUAGGACGAGGAAAUCUCGUCCAGAUCGAGGUGGUACCACCACCAUUACCACUGCCGCCGGUAGAAACCAGCGGAUACGUUCUCAUUCAGACGAGUCUCUUUCCGUUGGUGGAUGUGUCAAAGGGGAACCACUGACUAACGCUACACCUCCCACGAAGCCCGCGACAAUGAAAAAGAAUUUGCCCUCUGCCGAUCCGCUUCCUGGCACGUGCAUGUGGAGUUCUAAUGGCAGACCGGUCUCCGCGAACUACGAGGAUGUCGCAGGAUGGCCUCUAAGUGGACAUCAAGUUCAACCAACUUUAAAUAACGGAGAAAUGUCCCAGGAGUCGGCUUCUCAACAAAAGAUAUCAAAAUCGAAAAGCUACAGCGAACAAAUGGCUUCUGUGGUGGACGCUACGGCCACACAGGCAACCAACGGAGGCCUAAUUAACACUAAAAUGGCACGCCGAGUGGCCAAGGCAACUCCGCUCUACAUGUCCUGCCGCAAUAUAGGCGGAAAAAUGGGAUUCUCCGUGGGGCGAUUUUCCCCAACCCUCCCCACUCUCAUGCCAACCAAUGGUGCCAGGUGA